AUGUUUUACCAGAAGCUUACUUCAUUUACCCUUAUUUUCCUUCAAGUUCCUUUCGCUUUGCCUGCAACACUACCUCAGGAUUACUCUACUACUCUUGACAAGGGUGCAUCCAACAUCACCCACUACUGCAGAGAUAGUACCCAUCCCAUUACGCCGGGCGAGAUAAAAAUGCUCCAAGAGCAGGCUAACGCAUACCAAGGAAUCUUUUGGGACGUAGCAUACCCAGGAGGAAACGGUCUCUCGGGAUCAAAGACAGAUGGGGGGUGCGACCUUGACUCGUACGAUAUUCUUGUCGAAGCAACACGAAAUGCUGUUAGUCUUGCUGAUUUCCGCGGGACCGACUUGAUUCGAGAAGACAGAUCUUUCAAUAAGUUCUUUGUCCGAAAUAGUGUGGCCCCCAUUGGCGGGCGAUGGACAUCGAUGGAGAAGGAAGAAAAAAACAGACGUGAUCGUGUCACGUAUCAGUGUAAAGAUGUCGAGUUUUCACAUGCCGGUUUUCAUGGUUGUGAGGGUGGAGCUACUGCAUAUACUUCAAAUAUCAAACGAAGUUUUCUCGGCUGGACCAUAGUCUUUUGUCCCAAGUUCUUCUCUCUCAAAUAUCUGAACGAAAUCCUCGCUCGGUCCAGCGUCCCGGAAUCAUCGCUUGGUAACUUGGACUUGGUAUCAUAUGAGCAAGUACUUCUCCACGAAUGGUUGCACAAUGAUAUCAUGGGCUACACUGAACAUCUCGUGGAUGUGAUCGAUUCAAUCGACGAUGUCAGCCCGAAACGCAAAAUCUACGGCAUGAGUGAAGCGCGAGACUAUGCAUGGAAGUUUAUGAAAGGAAGGCUGAAUACCAUGAAAGUCAAUCAUGUUGUCGCUUCUAACGUCGAGAACUAUGUCUGGUACUUCGUCGACAAGUUAUACGGUGCCCGGUGGGGAUGGAACGGGAAUGGCAACGCAUUCCAACUCAAAAAAAUACAACUCGCUGAGAUCAAAGACGCUAUAGUUGAACAAGCGCCAGUCCAAGCAGACACCCUCGAUGUGGGCGGUGAAACUCCAGACCCAGCUACUUUACCACCAGCAAAAUGGCCCGCUGAUUGCCAUGGGGAUCUUCUAAUUGAUACCAUCGACACGAGUGCGCUUGUUUGCGACUACGUUGUCCCACCAGACGAUGAACCUGCUCCUACUACCACAGCUUCUCCCUCACCGCUGCCAGUUGUGAAGCUUCCACCUGAUCCCAAGAAUUGCAGUUGCAAUGAGAGCGGAUGCACACCUGCAUCGCCUGAUUGUUGUGCUGAUGGAACUUGCUAG